AUGGCAUUAGAACCUUCAUCUAAUGUUAAUAAUACUUUAACACAUAAAACACCCAACAGCCUUGACGAAGAAGUUAAAGUCAUGGUGCCGCCUUUGAAUUUUGCAAUGGUAGCACCAGGUGUUUAUCGUUCUGGACAUCCAAAUCAUGACUUUAAUGAAGAACUGAAUCAAUUUGUGAAAGAUCAAAAUAUCCAG